GUUCAGAUAUUUUUCUCAGUCGGCACACACAACAUCUACAGAAUACAUACAAAUUCCAGUUUCAAAAUUUGUUUGUUUCCCUCCCCCGAAAAGGCCCGUAGAGUCCGUGGAGUCCGUGGAGUCCGUGUAUGGUGCUUAGCGAUGUCUGACAAGAGGAAGAAAGGAGACAGAUCGAGCCGUAGGCGGGACCAUGAGCGGAACCAGGAACGAAACAACAACAUGUACAACCGACUGUGCCAGACGUUGGCCGCCGAGCACCGGAAACUGAAGGAUCUGGAGCUGCAUCGGGAGCGACUGAUGGAGGAGAUGCGCACCCUGCGCGCCCGCUUCUUGAAGGAGAACGCCCUCCUCCGGCGCACCGUCCAGCGGGGUCCGGGCUUGAUGGCUGUGCCAUCCCACCCGGGCGGAGCAUCUGCCUCCGCCUCCGCCGCCACCGCCGCCGCCACCGCCGCCGUCACUGGCGGCAGUAUGCGAUCGGCGCCACGAGCCGCCCUUCCGGGACAUGGAGUGACCCGCGGCAUCUCGGUCCCCAAUCGCAUCCCCGUGCGAUCGGUGUCCUUCGCCAAUCCGAGCCCCACCAGCAGCCGCCAGAGACCAACGGUCACCCAGCAGGUGGCUCCGAGGCUGAGUCAGAAGAGGGAGGAACAGAAGCAGAAGCAGAGGCAGGAGGGUCCCAGCGGCCGCAAGAGCGUGCGCUUCCCAAAGAGGGUCCCAGCCACGAAUUUGGGUCCGAAUCCAAAUCCGAACUCCCGGAAGCAGCCGCAACGCUAGUAUUGCCAAUUCCGCCAAUUCAACGCUCUGCCUGUGCGAUGACACCAAGCAGCCGGAGUCCGGAGUGGGAUGAGCUGAAGAGCGGAGAUAUUCAUAGGCGUGCAGCCGCAGCCUAGCCCCAGGCCAGAGCCCCAACCGUCACAGCAGCGACAGUCCCAGACGGACAACAGGAAAUAAUAAUAAAUAAGACAGCGCCGACUUUGAAGUUCUCUGGCAACAGUUUUUCGGCCCAAACAAAUAUACAAAUUGGAAA